GUGGGCGGGCCUGAGCCGUGGUGGGGGGAGGGGAGCUGUGGCCUCCUCCCGUAAAGGGCACAGUGCUACUCCUCAAGAUGGCUGCGGCGGUACUUCUCCGCUGGGCAGGCCCAGGCCUCUACAGUUCCUUAUGGGGGCUGCCGUUUGGCGCAGGACUGAGGCGCCGCCUGAGCCUAGGAAGCGGUAGGGACGUGGAAGCCGGCGGCAGUUGGUUGUACUUCCCGCUGCGUGAUCGCGACGCGCUGCGCGUGCACGGGCCCGAUACAGAGUCGUUUCUUCUGGGGCUAGUGACCAAUGAACUGCCGCGACCGGUCCCUGAGGGCGGGGCAACAUCUGAGCCGGCCCCGGCGCCCGCGCACUACGCUCACUUCCUCAACGUCCAGGGCCGGACGCUCUAUGACGUCAUCCUCUAUAGACUCCAUGAACACCAAGAGGAGCCUCACUUUCUCCUGGAGGUCGACAGCUCCGUAUCUGGGGCUGUUCAAAACCACCUCAAACUCUACAAGAUCCGCAGGAAAGUCAGCAUCAGCCCGUGCCCAGAUCUCUCUCUCUGGGCUGUCCUCCCACAAACUGCAGCUGAGGCCUCCGCAAAGCCCUUGUUAGAGAAAGGAGGCAAACCUUUGGUCCUCACCCCGGACCCCAGAGCAGCGUGCAUGGGCUGGAGGCUAAUUAUCCACAAGGAAGAUCUGGCCCAGGAGGUGAUUCCCAAGACCCAGAUUAGACACUCUCAGGACUAUCAUAAGCACAGGUAUCAAAAAGGAAUUCCAGAAGGGGUCAGAGACCUGCCACCCGGCGUGGCCUUGCCCUUGGAAUCCAACCUGACUUUCAUGAAUGGGGUCAGCUUCACCAAAGGCUGCUACAUCGGACAGGAGUUGACCGCUCGGACCCAGCACAUGGGAGUCAUCCGCAAACGCCUUUUCCCCAUUCGGUUUUCAGCUCCCCUCCCGGAGGAAGGCAUCUCUGCCGGGGCCAAUGUCCUCACGGAAGCAGGAAAGGCAGCUGGGAAGUACCGGGCAAGAGAGGGUGACCUGGGCAUUGCUUUGCUUCGGACUGAGAGAAUCAAGGGCCCUCUUCACAUCAAGACCUCCGGAGGUCAGUGUGUGAGCAUCAUUCCAUCUGUGCCAGACUGGUGGCCUACAGCUAGCAAAUGAUGUCAGCCCCCAGCAGUGCCGGUGGAUUUUACUGGACCCAUUUCUGUGCACACUGUGUAGACAUUCUCCCUUCCUGCUUCGAUGGUGGGGAGGGAGAGUGUAUCCCACCGGGGACGGAGCUACCUUUUCCUUUGUCUAGUGCUGCUGGUGUCGCUAUAAAUAGCCCAUGUCCACAGAACAGAUGGAACAUGCUGUUGGGCUCCUCUCAGGCCAGGACCAGCUAUUCCAGAAUCCCUGAGGACAAAAGGGUAGGAGAGACCAUAUCCUGGGUCUGGCCGGAUCUGUUAUCAGAGGAACUUGCUACCAAAGGGCUCCUGGGGGGAGAAGCAGUCAUCAGAGAGGCCAAAGCUGAGGAUUUUGGCUAACAUGUAGGGAAUCAAGGUUCAGGGAAUGCCACAGAGCUGAUGCUUCCUCUGACUUGAAGCUAUUUCCUGGUGGUUUGGGUUUUAUUAUGGCAGAAAUCUGUGUGCCCCUCUUGCUGGUACUGAUGAGCUCGUCAUUUCCCAGGUGAGCCCUGUGGCCUCUGGAGGACUCAGCCCAGGACCUUGUCCAUGUACCUGUGGACUGAGUAAAACCGAAUUGUUAGGUACUCUUCUGACUAGCACUUGAAUUUUGUGUGAAUGCUUUCUUGGAAAAAAAAAGUUUCCUUUUGAACAAAAACAAAUAAAAACCACUCUAUCUAGUAUGUAGCCCCCAUAUCUUCCAGUGCUUCCAGGCUGCUUUGAUUCUCUUAGCCAAAAACUUCCCUGCCCCCAGCUUUCUUUGAUCCCUCCUGCAACGACUUAGCAUGAACUUUUUGAUAUGCUGCACUCAGGGGAAAAGCUGUCCUAGCUGAGCCCAGAUGUUACAGGCUGGACAGCACAAUGGGAACACAUCAAGUCUGUGUCCUAUUCUUGCCAUAAUAGUCACCAUUGACAUCAGACAGACAGAGAGGAGAGAGAAUCACGGAGGGACCAGAGCAGAGCAUUGCCAAGUUUAAGCCAGGCUCUGUUGCCCACACUUAGUCCAUCGAGUGAGAAGGUGAAUCUAGGCUUGUCUCUUAGAGAGCAUCAAACCAGAAGCAUCAGCCAACUUGCUGGAUUAUCAGCAAGGAAACACAGAAGUUAGCACAGUGUGGAUACGGAAGACUGCCAAGAAGACACUGGUUUGCCUCAGGGUUAUUGCCCUCUUCUCCCUCACACUUCACCUGCAAGAGGGCAGAAUCUUCUUCACUUGGGGCCGACUCUGUGACAAUUCUGUAGCACUGAGCAUGAGUGGCUGUGAGUAGUUCCUUUGGUGGAGAGCCAGAGUAAAAGACCCUCAUAUAAUGUACUCUAACCACAUGCUACUGCCUCCACCAGUUCGGAACAUGACCCAGAUGUGGAAUCCAAGAGACCUAAAUCUAGCCUCUGUGAUGUUGGGCAUCUCUCUUCUCUCCGGGCCUUGACUUCCUUGUCUGUAAAAUGAUCUACACUCACUUCGAGGUCUGCAGUAGGAGUUCUAAACCAUUUUUGUCAGUCUGGUAAAGAUUACUAUCUUCAGACUGUUUUAACUGCAGAAAACAAAAUACCAAGGCUAUUGGAAUAGAGUUUUUGAAAUAUUUUAAAAAGAGGUUCACAGACCCCAGGUAGAGAAUGCCUGCUCUGGAUCCUAGGAUUCUAUGAUGUUAAAAAUAAGGUUCGGAUCCAGGCUUUAAGGACAGAGCUCCUGAGGCCCCUCAGAAAAGUCCUGAGACAAGGCUCUCGUCUUUCUCUUGGGAGAAGAUGUACUGAAAAAAUAAACCAAAAAACCUCCCAGAGUCAAUGGCAUAUUCCUCAUCUGUUGGGCAGCCCCACUAAGAGAUAGUUUUCUCUAAGAUGCCUGAAGGUUUCUCAGGGGUUUAAUAGUGAUAGUUUUCUCUAAAAUGCCUGAAGGUUUCUCAGGGGUUUAAUAGUUUGCUGGGAUAUUUUUGUUCCUUUUCUUUCUGUGGACAACUUCCUGAUCAUCAUUAGACAAAUGAUUCUGAUCCUGGCCAAGACCAGCCAAGUCUGUAGUUUUAUCCACUUCCAGUCAGAGGGGCCCAGAGUUCUCUGUGGGAGGCAGAAGGCUAUAAAUAGGCCUACCCACAUGCAGGCACACAUAUGCAGAUCACACAGGAAUAAAAGAACUCAUGCUUUAAAAACACAACUCAUUAAUUCAUCUUCCUCUUAAAGUUUAACUUUGAAGAUAAGGAGGCUAUUUGUCUCUCUUAAUUAUUAAUCCAUCCUCCCCUCCCAGGGAAAGCUAACAGCACUUAAAAGUUCCUCACUAAUUGUUUCUUGCCAAAAACUUUGGGUAGGACAGCACUUUGGAAACCUUCACUUUGCUCCCGCUUCCUGUUCAGAAAUGACCCUGAAAAAAAAUGAGCCACUUAGAAAUGGCUUCAGUUAUUCCUCCUCUGCCCCAGAUGCAGUGGGGUUUUAAUUACGGGUAAAACACUUCCUGGAGGACAAAACCAACUGGACAGUUAAUGGCACAUUUUCAUUGGCUCCUCUGCGAAAGGUGGCCCCUUCCAUAGCAGUUGGGGAGCAAUUCCAUUUGAAUUUAAUUUAUUUUAAAUUAGUUAUAGGUGCUUAUAUUUAAAUAUAUGUACAUACACACACAUAUGUAUAUGUAUUCCAUCUAAAUGGGGUUUUAAACAAUCACUACCUUGAAUCCUGUUUUAUUGUGCAGUUAACCUUUCUGUCUUUCUGUGGGACUCUUGGUGAAUGCUCAUGUGUGAAGAAAAAGUCUCAUAAUGUUUGCCUAAUAAAAAGUAGUUCUGCCAAUAA